AUGGUCUCCGCGGUCGUUUUCGGGUACCACAACGUAGGCGUGAGGUGUCUAUCGGUUCUCCUUGCACAGAAGAUCGAGGUAAAGCUGGUGGUUACUCAUUCAGAUGAUGAGGACGAGAAUAUCUGGUUCGACAGUGUAUCGAACCUUGCGAGCCUACAUGGAAUCCCCGUGGUUACCCCCGACAGUCCAAAUACAGAAGAUAUGAUUAUGCGUCUACGAUCGCUGAACCCCGAUUUUAUUUUCUCUUUCUACUACCGCCAGAUUCUGAGCGUGCCGGUACUGGAGACCGCGCGUCGUGGAUGUUACAAUAUGCAUGGCUCCCUGUUGCCUCACUAUCGUGGACGAGCCCCUGUCAACUGGGCUCUCGUGCACGGUGAAUCCCAGACGGGCGCCACCCUCCACGAAAUGGUGAGAACGCCCGACGCAGGCGAUAUUGUGGGGGAUAUGGCGGUGCCUAUCCUGCCCAAUGAUACGGCCUCGGACGUUUUUUCCAAGGUCUUAGUCGCGGCAGAGUUGGUUCUCUGCCGAACCCUACCUGAGAUAGUGAGUGGGACGGUGGUUGCGAGAAAGAUGGAUCUCAGAUCCGGGUCCUACUUUGGCGGACGCAAACCACAGGACGGAUUGAUCGAUUGGAAAACGAUGGGGGCACAACAAAUUCACAAUCUUGUACGAGCUGUGACACAUCCGUAUCCUGGGGCGUUCAUGGACACGGAGAGAGGACGAAUAAUCAUUUGGCGCACAUUGGUGGUAGUGGAUAGCCCUAACUCUACCGCUCAGCCUAGUCUGCGGCAGGAAAGAGGUCGCUUGCUCGCAACAGCUUGCGAUGGAGGGGUCCUGCGCAUUGUCCACGCAGAAUUGGAGGGUCGAGUGUUGGACCAGGGGACUUUUAUGAGGAUUUUCGGCUCUUCAUACCCACUUCCUUAA